AUGUUUACUCGUUCUUUUGUUCGUUCCAUGGCUACAGCUGCCAAGACCGUCAAGCCACCAGUUCAAUUGUUUGGAUUAGACGGAACCUACGCUACUGCUCUGUACACUGCCUCCGUGAAAGUUUCCAGUGUUGACCAGGCUGCUGGGUCCCUGAAUAAGCUGAAGACUUACUUGGACACUGAUUCUACCACAUCCGGAAUUGUGAGCAACCCAGCCUUGUCUCUGAACGACAGAACCUUCGUUGUUCAAACUUUGAACUCCAAACUAUCUCUGGACAAAUCAGUUUCCAACCUUUUGGAAGUUCUAGCUGAGAACAAUCGAUUGGGACUACUUGGCGACAUUGUUAAGCAGUUUGGUGUUUUGACUGAUGCCCACAACGGUGUUGUUGAGGCUACCGUCACCUCUGCUUCUCCAUUGGAUAAGAAAUCGCUGAACAGAAUCCAACAAGCUAUUACUGGCUCUGAAUUUGUUGGCCAAGGCAAAUCAUUGAAAAUUAACAACCAAGUUAACCCUGACAUUUUGGGUGGUCUUAUUGUAGAAGUUGCUGACAGAACUGUUGAUCUUUCUAUUUCAGCCAAAAUUGCCAAGUUAAACAAGGUCUUAACCGAGUCUCUUUAG